UUUGUGGACUCGUCUAGGUAAAUUGAUCUAGUUCGUUCAAUAACACUGAUAAAAUUGUCAAAAGCAGGCAGUUCGUAAAAGAUCUUAAGACUACAUAAACCUAUAUAAAUAAAAACGUAGUCGCAAAAGACUAAGUAUUUUUCGUAGUUUAUUUUAAUUGAGGGAGAUGUUACACUACUUAUUUGUAAUAUAUAUUUCGUUAAAAUUCAGCAGUGGUCUGGAUAUAUUUGGAUCCACCUGUGUUACGCCGCCUCUAUUAUGUCCAAAUAAAAACAUUACUUUUUGGUUAUAUACACGGAAAACCGCAAAUACUCCCACGGAAAUCAAAACAAAAGAUAUAGAAUCGAUACGCUCCGCUCCGUGGGUGAAGAAUGCUCCAAUCAAAAUUCUAAUCCAUGGUUACACUGGGCAUAGAGACUUCUCUCCUAACACGGAAAUACGACCAGCAUACUUCGAUUGCUGUGACUACAACAUCAUAUCCAUAGACUAUAAUCCAAUAGCUCUAGAGCCAUGCUAUAUACAAGCAGCCGCCAAUACAGAGCUGGUAGGUAUGUGCACAGCCCUCCUGAUUGAUGAGCUGGUGAAUGAAGGCUUCAGAUUGGAAGACAUUCACGUUAUAGGGUUUAGUCUUGGUGGACAGGCAGCCGGGUUUAUUGCUAAUUUUAUACAGUCAGGUCAAAUUGAGAGAAUAACAGCACUCGACCCAGCCUUACCGCUAUUCGUGACAAUUGACAAAGACAAGAAAAUAGAUGCUAGCGAUGCUAAAUUCGUAGAUGUACUUCAUACGAAUUCGUUACAAAAAGGAAAAUUGGAACUUUCUGGCCAUUUAGAUAUAUUUGCUAAUAAUGGCGUAGAUCAACCGGGUUGUACAUCUACUGAAAAUGAAACGGAAUCCGCCUGCAGUCACUCCAGAGCUCCAUUGUAUUAUGCCGAGUCUAUAACAUCGAAGACAGGCUUCUACGCUUCAAAGUGCUACUCGUGGUUCACAUAUAUCUUGGGUUUGUGCCACCUUAUUGGCACAGGAGAUGAGAUACUUGUUGGUGAAUAUGUUUCCAAAAAUGAAUCUGGCGUAUAUUUCUUUACUACGAACUCAGAAUCCCCGUAUGCACGUGGACCGUCCAAUUCCUCAAACUAUUCAGAUGUUUACGACGACUCUUAUGAGAACAACUCACUACUUUCAUCAUUGUCCACCUCUUUAUUUGAAUGAAAAGAUUUUUAUACAUCAAAGAAAUAUAAUAUAGUUACGUUAUAUAUAAGAAACGAAAUUUAGCAAGAGCUACUUAUGAUUUGAAUUUCGAACGUUUCGAAAUAUGCUAAUAAUUUAACAAAAACUCCGCGGUACACGUGUUAGUUGUUCCAAAAUGGCCGCUACUAAAAAUUUAAUUAGUUUAUUUAUUCUUGAUGAAUGUUAACCAAAGAUGAUCUAACCAAAGCUCGAUGUAACUUUUAUAUUAUUAAAAAUUAAAAUGUU